UACAUAUAUACAAUAUCUGCAUGAAAUUUUUAACAUCUAACGAUUUAAAUCGUAUUUCUGUCGAUGCUUCCGCGUUACAUUAUCGUUUUUAAAUAUACAUGUAGCAUAUAAUUUUAAAUGUAUUGAUACUCUUGCGAGAGCCACGUGUAUGGUUAAUACAUUUUCUAUUCGGUAAAAUCGAAUUUGCUGAGAGAAUGUCUAAGAUUAAUUUAGAGAAAUUUCACGAGAGAGCAUCUGCCGCGGAAGAAGAAAUAGCAUUUUUGAAAAAGGAGAUCGAAUGUUUAAAACAGAUCGUAGGAGGUAACAAUGCUGACGCGAGUUCUGUGUCUAAAGACGAGUAUUCCAGAUUGGAACAAGAGAAUAUCAAACUGAAGCACAGAGUAGCCGUUCUGAAAAGGACUAUCGAAGCUGACCGGGCGAAAGCACAGAGUGAAAUAAUGGCAAUUGAAAAUAACGUCAUCAGUAUAUACGAUACUCUGCAGAAUCUGUUCACGAAGGCGAUUUUAACUGUGUAUCCCGAUGUCUGCGAUCCUCCAAUAAUUAUAACGUCUAUUACCAAUCCAAAGUUUGGAGACUAUCAGUGUAACAGUGCUAUGCCGCUUUGUAAGCAACUUAGCAGUAAUGGAAUACAAACGAAUCCUAGAGACGUUGCGAACAACAUAAUGUCCAAAGUAGAGACCUCGGACUUGAUAUCGAAGUUAGAAGUCGCUGGCGCAGGUUUCAUAAACGUAUAUUUAAAAAAGGAAUUUGCUCAGAGAAUCUUGAGCAGUUUAGUAAAGAGUGGGAAAGUAUCUCCGCCUUAUGUAAAGAAGCAGAGGGUGGUGAUAGACUUCUCUAGUCCGAACAUUGCCAAGGAAAUGCAUGUUGGACACUUGAGAUCCACUAUAAUCGGAGACAGUAUCGCGAAAUUGUUAGAAUUCUUAGGACACGAUGUAUUAAGGAUAAAUCACAUCGGCGAUUGGGGGACACAGUUUGGUAUGCUGAUAGCACAUCUUCAAGACAGAUUUCCCGAUUACUUAUCCGUCUCUCCGCCUAUCACAGAUCUUCAAAGUUUUUAUAAGGAGUCGAAGAAACGAUUUGACGAAGAAGAGGAAUUUAAGAAACGUGCUUACACUUGCGUCGUUAAGUUGCAAGCAUUUGAUCCCGAUAUGAUAAAAGCGUGGCAAUUGAUUUGUGACGUGUCUAGGAAGGAAUUCGAGAAAGUCUACGUUCGACUGGGCGUCCAGUUGACGGAACGAGGAGAGUCCUUUUACCAGAAUCACAUGACAGCCAUAGUCAAAGAUUUAGAGGCGAGAGGACUGUUGGAGGAAGACGAGGGUCGGAAAAUAAUGUGGGGUAAACGCGAUGGUGAAAUACCGCUGACCAUUGUGAAAUCGGACGGCGGGUUCACUUACGAUACAUCGGACAUGGCAGCUAUUAAACAACGUUUAGAAGAGGAAAGAGCUGACUGGCUGAUAUACGUAACGGAUGCUGGCCAGGCGACGCAUUUUCAAGUAUUAAAAAGCUGUGCCAAACGAGCAGGGAUCUUAAAAAGUUUCCACAGGGUGGACCACGUUGGAUUCGGCGUGGUCCUCGGCCAGGAUAAAAAGAAAUUCAAAACUAGAUCCGGCGAAACUGUGAAACUAAGCGACUUACUCGACGAAGGUUUGAAAAGAGCAUUGGAUAAAUUGAAGGAGAAGGAGCGAGACAAAGUGCUUAGCGAAGAGGAGUUGAAAACCGCCCAAGAGUCGAUUGCUUACGGAUGCAUUAAAUACGCAGAUCUGUCGCACAACAGAAAUCACGAAUACGUGUUCUCGUUCGAUAAAAUGUUGGACGACAAAGGGAACACCGCGGUGUAUUUAUUAUACGCUUUGACUAGAAUACGUUCCAUCGCUAGGGCAGCAAAUAUCUCGCAGGAGAAGCUGCAAGAACUGGCGGAGAGUACUCCGAUUUCGUUGGAACAUGAGAAAGAAUGGAAGCUAGCAAAAGUAUUAAUUAAAUUCCCCGACGUAUUAAUCAGAAUCACUAAGGAUCUGUACUUGCACCAGCUGUGCGAUUACUGUUACGAGGUCUCGUGCUCGUUCACGGAAUUCUACGACAAUUGUUACUGCGUUGAAAAGAACGAACUCGGGGAGAUAGUAAACGUGAACAUCGGACGUAUGUUAUUAACCGAGGCUACAGCACUUAUAAUGGAAAAAUGCUUCUGGAUAUUAGGACUGACGCCGGUCGCACGAAUGUGAACAUAUUUAUCCAAAUACAUUUAAUUUAAAUUAACAAAUAAAUUGUAUUCUUUGUAAAGAA